AUGAAGGACGAUAAACGACUUUCAAACCUCAAGGAGCUGACACUGAACAACUUUUCUCUUGAGAGUAUAUACACAGCUAUCGCCGACAUCAUCGACUUUACUGCACUGGAGAGGCUAACGUUGUUCGGUUGCGAAGAAGCAGACCUAUUUCUUGAGGAAAUGGGCACACAAACUCUUGGUGCUGCACUAUCACUCAGGCACCUGGCUGUUCAGGUGCAGGAUGACACAUGUCUUGAAGACAUACUGGAUUCCUGCUCCAAUCUCAUGAGCCUACAUCUCCGGUGGGAGGAUGACGCCGAUCCCUCGGCUCUUCUAGGACGACUAAGGGACUUGGGAUCUUCUCUUCGCACUCUCGCUCUACACCAAAACCGGGAAGAUCCUCCUCCUGACGAGUGGGAUCGGAUUUUGUCAUACUGUCCAAACUUGCGACAACUGGGAUGCCAAUUAUCCACAUACGUUUUCGAUCCUAACGAAUGGUGCAAUGACUUCCCAGAGGUACUGGAUGCUUUAGGGCAGCUCCCAGACCUUCGCAUAGUGCACUUCCGCUACGUUCGGUUCGAAGAACUCGCAAGGUUCGAGUGGCGCGACUUUAGGAAACCAAGAGAGAUCACCUGGGAAGUCCAACGAUUCGCGAACGGCUUUUUCCAGUAUUUGGACGACCGCAACCUGUGUCCAAAGCUUAAGGCCCUUGCGUUUGGUGUGAACUGGACUCCGAGACGUCCGCUGGCCGCCAAUGAGUAUAGCGUGCCCCGGCAUUGCUUCAUCAAGGGGUGGCAGACAGAUGCUUUGAAUCGAAGAACUGCGAUUGCGGUUCCGGUGCCCACGUACAGGCUUCGCGAGCUUGACCCGGAGCUAGAUAUUCUGGACUUUGACCCUGAGUGCGAGUGGGUGGGUGGUCUGCCAGGACGGUUCCUCCAUAGGUAG